GCCGCCUCAAUCAUUUGGGCGCCGCGGACAUUGAAACAACAAAAAAAAUUUCCAGAAUUCUGAAAAGUAAUUCCGACUCGCUCCGCGCUGCCACCUAACGACUAACAAUCUCGUGCUAAAUGUGUGCUCUCUUUUGUAAUUGAUUUUUUUUUCGAAAGUGCAAAAUAAUCAUAGUUGAGAACCAACCUCUUGGUCUCCUACACAAAGUAACCAACAAAUCCGAAACGGAAACCCAAUCCCGUGGGAACAGCAAAAACAACAGCAGCAGCAACCAAACUAAAUACAGCAACACCGACGACGACGAGGGGGCCAGCGAUUAUUUAUUGGCCUUAUAACAAAAAACUGCAUAAGGAAGAGAGGCCUGGUCCAGUUUGAGAGAGUGAGCAGGAAAGUGAACGAGAGGAGGCAGCGCCGUGUAGAGCGCAGGCGCGUAAAUCCAGGAUUCGAAGUCCAGCGAGAGACAAAGAGAGAGAAAGCACACAUUAAUUCCUGAAUUUUCUGGCCAUCGAGCAGCAAUAUAAAAAUCCGUGGACUACCUCCCUCAUCCGCAACACCCCGCAACGACACGGCUGUAACCAACUAAACAGAAAACAAGUCCCGCCAUCGCCUCAUCGUCACAUCCAACUCAACUCAACCCCACCGAUUGCCCCUCACCCAGUGGACUUUAUGAUGGCAAACACAGGAGCCGCUGGCGGAGUGGAUACACAGACACAACUGAUGCAGAGUGCAGCCGCCGCAGCGGCCGUUGCAGCCACCAAUGCAGCCACCGCCCCGGUACAGAAUGCGGCCGCUGUCGCAGCCGCCGCCCAACUGCAGCAGCAGCAACAGGUACAGCAGGCGAUUCUGCAAGUGCAGCAGCAGCAGACACAACAAGCGGUGGCCGCGGCAGCCGCCGCAGUCACGCAGCAGCUCCAGCAACAGCAGCAGGCCGUGGCCCAGCAACAGCAGGCACAGCAGCAGCAAGUGCAACAGCAAGUCCAGCAGCAGCAGCAGGCGCAAGUGCAGGCAGUGGUGGCGCAGCAGCAAGUGCAGCAGCAGGUCCAGCAAGCGGUAGUGCCCCAGCCGCAGCCUCCGCCGAACACCAACGGCAAUGCCGGAGUGCCGCAGAACGGAAGCAACGGCAGCACGGAGACGCGCACAAACCUGAUUGUCAACUACUUGCCGCAGACGAUGACGGAGGACGAGAUCCGCUCGCUCUUCAGCAGCGUGGGCGAGAUCGAGUCCGUAAAGCUGAUACGUGACAAGUCACAGGUCUACAUUGAUCCGCUGAAUCCGCAGGCGCCCAGCAAGGGCCAGAGCCUGGGCUAUGGCUUCGUCAACUACGUGCGGCCGCAGGAUGCCGAGCAGGCGGUCAACGUGCUGAAUGGCCUCCGUUUGCAGAACAAGACGAUUAAGGUUUCCUUUGCACGGCCCUCUUCGGACGCCAUCAAGGGCGCCAAUCUGUACGUGUCCGGACUGCCCAAAACAAUGACCCAGCAGGAGCUAGAGGCAAUAUUUGCACCCUUCGGUGCGAUCAUCACGUCGCGUAUCCUCCAGAACGCCGGCAAUGAUACCCAGACAAAGGGCGUCGGCUUCAUACGCUUUGACAAGCGCGAAGAGGCCACUCGGGCCAUUAUCGCCCUUAACGGCACAACGCCUUCCAGCUGCACGGAUCCCAUUGUUGUGAAGUUCUCCAAUACUCCCGGCAGCACCAGCAAGAUCAUCCAGCCGCAGCUGCCCGCGUUCCUCAAUCCGCAGUUGGUGCGCCGCAUUGGUGGCGCCAUGCACACGCCGGUUAACAAGGGGCUUGCCCGCUUCUCGCCCAUGGCUGGCGACAUGUUGGACGUGAUGCUGCCCAACGGAUUGGGCGCGGCGGCGGCGGCUGCCACCACGCUGGCCAGCGGACCGGGCGGCGCCUAUCCCAUCUUUAUUUACAAUCUGGCGCCCGAGACAGAGGAGGCGGCCCUGUGGCAGCUAUUUGGUCCUUUCGGGGCAGUGCAAUCCGUGAAGAUCGUCAAGGAUCCCACAACGAAUCAGUGCAAGGGCUACGGCUUCGUCUCCAUGACGAACUACGACGAGGCGGCAAUGGCCAUCCGCGCCCUCAACGGUUACACCAUGGGCAAUAGGGUGCUUCAGGUCAGCUUUAAGACCAACAAGGCCAAGUAGGAGAUGAUCCCCGAUCCGCGAGGAUGGGAGGGCCGUAAUUACAUAUAGUCUACACUAUAUUUCCCACAUGCGCAGUUCCCUUAAGUCUCCAACAGAGACACUCACACACACACAAACACACAUAGUCUCACACUUACAAACACACACACAAACACACACAUAUAUAGAUAUGCAUGGUAUAACGGUAACUAAGCGCAACAAAGAGUAUGUGUAAAACACACGCGAAACCAAAAAAACCACAAAAAGCGAACGAAAGAAAGCAUGUAAAUGCGAGAGAGCUCUCGUUAAAGGGUAGCCAGGAGAUGGAGUACCAACACUGACUCUCUCUUAAGCGUCGACACAACGAAAGGGGCGGCCCACAUCCUUGUAAACCUGUCAAUCCCGACCAUCCUGUAAUCCGUAUAUGUACCACCACAAAACUCGAAUCUAAAUCCCAAAGAAUAGUCCCAAAUUGAUGAAGGCCACCUCCGCCAAAAAGCCGUUGCAAUAGCAAAAUUCUUCUUGUUUAGCAUUUAAGUAAAGAAUCAUUAACUAAAACAAAACGAAAAAGCUAAAGUGUGAGAGAGAGAGAGAGAGUAAUACGAGUAGAAGAAGAAGAAAGAGUAGAAGAUGAAGGCAUAAAGCAUAACAAAGAAAUCAACAAAACGAAAAAAAGCCCCCAAAGAAAACUUUAAGAGAAAAACACAACUCUAAACAAAACUCCAAACUAGCAAAAAGAAAACAAAAACAAGAAGCAAAGAAUUUUAAAAAUGUAUUUAAAUUAAGUAAAACAGCAAUGAAAUCUUCCAAAACAAAUGACAACAAAAUAA